AUGUUCAAAUCAAUACAAAUUGCAUACAGAGAAUGGCGGCGAGAGCCUCGAUACACGCCAGUAGACGAUAGCGAAAGCCAGACCUCCUCAUCCUCCUCCUCCUCCUCAUCCUCCUCCUCAUCCCCGGAAGAGGAACAAAAACCGGCUGAGGAGACGACAAAACCAGGGGGGGCAUGCAAACACAUUGCCACCCGACGCGAAUGGCGCUCGCUUACGGAAACGGAGAGAAACGAGUUCGUGGACGCCAUCCAUUGUCUGGCGAGAACGCCGUCGGAGUGGGGAGAGAAUAACAGGACUGUUUAUGAUGAUUUUUCGAUUUUGCAUGGGGGAGUUGGGAGUUGGUGCCACCGCUCGGCAUCCUUCCUACCAUGGCAUCGAUGGACUUUACACAUCUUUGAGAACGUCCUCAAGGAUAAAUGUGGGUUUCCUAGGGGGGGUACUAUUCCCUACUGGGACUGGUCCCUAGACCACCUCUCCCUCUCCACUUCCUCCAUCUUUUCUCCCACCACCGGCUUCGGAUCCGACGGUGCCCCUUCUGCUCCUCCUAGCGUCGGACAAGGUCGUUGCGUGCUAGACGGGCCCUUUGCCGAUUUAAGGCCUAUCAUCUACAACCACACCUACGUCACGCACUGUCUGUCGCGGGGGUUCAACGACCCCAAACGGAACGCCACCACGGGCGAGAUACCGGGCGACCAUUAUAAGCCCGAAGCGAUCGGGGAGAUCUUGAGAGUACAUGGGUACGAGGAGUUUGGAAAACAGGUGGAGGAAAAGCUGCAUAAUGGGUUGCAUCAGAGUGUGGGAGGAGAUUUUAGGGCCAUGACUGCUGCUAAUGACCCCCUAUUCUACGUCCACCACGCCUCCCUCGACAGAAUGUGGUGGCGCUGGCAAUGGGAGAACCCCGAGGUCAGACUGCGAGAAUACAGCGGCAAACACAUGUUUAACUCGACGCCGGGAGAGGCGAGUGUCAGGGAUGUGUUGCUGUAUGGAGGGUUUACCGAGGACGUGUUGGUGGAGAGGGCAAUGAGAAGCUGUUGCGAUGUGAGAAUGUGUGGUGGUGGUGGUGCUGGUUGGCGAGUGUCCGCGAUGCGUAGAGGUAGGCGCCGGCGCCAAAUGGCGCGAAGCGCAGAUCAGCCAGCCGCCGCGCCAGGGUCGAGUAAACGCUUCAAGUCCAAGUCGUAA